CUGGAAACUGUCACAAUCAGCUGCAAAUCUGUUUUCAUUGCAGUGAAGUGAUUACGAGAUUGUGGACAAAGUCUGCAGAAAGCAUACUAUAGUGUCUGGAAGAUGCGAUGGGUUGGCUUAUCUUCGACGGUAUCAGUGUCUUGUAUGUGUUCACAUUAUUCUUAUUGUUAAUAAUAAUUAUGGCAAUUUUUGUACAACGUCAAAUAUUUCGGCUACGUAAUAACAGCGCCAGGCAACGGCCGAAUGUGUCACUGAAGCCUAUAGCUAAAAGAUCAUGUCUUGCUAUCGAGCAGAAACUAGAUGCGGUGGAGACGAUGCGAAAGUCGUACUUACCUCGACUGACGGAUUGCACGACGAUUGGCCAACACAGCAGCGCCCCAUACGUUCAUCGCAUGAUCGCAGUCGAUGAGAUAUCGUUGGAAAUCGAUUCGCAAUUAGCUCGGAUUGAUCCUGAGCUUGCUAGGCAAGCAGGCGAAUCGACGCUUGCCUAUCUGACACGUGUCCGUCAGAAAAUGCCAUCGCUUCCGGUCCCAUUAAUUCAACGAAUUGCUUUCAUGCAUGAAGCAGCACGAUAUCGGUCACAGAAGUUUGAACUCAAAGAUCUUAUGGAAUUGCGAUCGCUGUUAAACAAAUUCGUGAAGACAAUCGCUGAAGCACCGGUGGUGGACGCAGCGACACCAGCAACACCAGUCAAAGGAAUUCUCCAUCAUCUAGGACAGAAGGCUUUGCAAAGCAAGAAAAGACGCUCGAAAGCGUUUGGUGGUAGCGACGGCGGCCGUCUCCUUGCUGGCUAUAUUAACGAAGAACAAGUGUCACUACUACCAGUACGAAGUACUCCACAAUUCGAAGAUCCUACCCGACUGCGUCGACAGAGCGAUUCGCAGCGAAGUUUGAUAGAAUAGGCGAUUUUUGUUCGCUUAGUUAGAAUAUCUCAUCGACCAGAGUCUGCGUCUCUCGUCGCGUUGCGGUUGCCUUUGUUACUCGUGUCCGGGUUAAGUUAAAGCAGCUCAUAUUUUAUUUUUUUGCGCUUAAGCAUUACUAGACGGGCUUUUUCACAUGUUGUUAUCUGCCAAUUAGUCAUUUCUGCACCGAUCUCGUAUUUUCACUGUGUUGUAGCUGAUCCUGAAUAUAGAUUCUUGAUUCAAAAAAAAAUCUCGAUAUGAAUGUUUUGCGAAUUUUAAGGUUCGAUUCAAGCGUUUUGCAGUGAUUGAUUGAUUUCUUCGAUCAUCGAUUAUUUCCUCAUCAAUUAUUGAUUUUUGUAGGCGAACUUUAGCAUAUGUGAACAAUGAACCACACGGGACACUUGUAUGAUGAGCAGUAUCUGAUCGAUUCAGUAAUUACCUAACGUGCUGAAUUAUGAAUGGAAUGGAUCAAUAAGCGAUCGAUUGUAAUCAAUUCUUUGUUUGAGAAACAUUGUGAUAAAACACUGUGAUCACACUAUCAACAUAGAAAUUAUCCUCAUCUGAGAUUGCGUAGCAAAAUGCGUACCUCUGCUUGUAAAAUGUUCGUUUCUCAAGCAUUUGUUGCUUAUCGAUUGAUAUUGAUUGCUUGUAACAAUGUAUAACAACACUAUUGUUCUCGUUGCGUCAUUUGGAAUGAAUAUG